CCUUCGUCGAACGAUGGGUAGCAAACUUCGGCUGCCCUUCAACCAUCACUACAGAUCGCGGACUUCAGUUUGAAUCUGAACUUUUCCGUCGUCUGACCACACUUUUAGGAAUCACUCGCUUCCGAACGACCGCCUACCAUCCACAAGCAAACGGGUUGGUAGAACGUUUUCAUCGACAACUAAAAGCUUCACUAUCAGCUGCAAACGUUUCACAGUAGACCAACGCUCUUCCACUCGUCUUACUAGGUAUUCGCGAUGCAGUGAAAGCUGACAUUGGAUAUACUGCGGCUCAACUCGUUUAUGGAACGACACUUCGACUUCCAGGAGAAUUCGUGGAUCCUUCAUCCUAUUCAAUGAACAUGGAUCUAACCUCCUACACGCACAGGCUUACAAACGCCAUGCGUUCAGUUAAACCUGCUUCCACUCCACCACAAUCCACCGAUGUUAUCGUUCAACCUGACUUACGAUAUAGUACACACGUUUUCGUUCGUCGAGACCCGCGUCGACGACCAUUCGAAUCAGCAUACGAAGGACCUUUCAAAGUUCUUCAACGUGAAUCUAAGUACUAUAUAAUCGAUAAGAACGGAGCAAACGCUAGCAUCAGCAUCGAUGGCCUCAAAGAAGCGUAUUUAGAAGGAAAUCCCAUUCACGUCGAUUUUCAUUCGGUACAAUCGAACGACACGACUCCACCCAUAAUUCCUCAAUCGACAACCAACACAUGCGAUGAUACUCCGAAUGUAUCUGAAAAUAAACUUAAAACGACGCGUUCAGGAAGAAGAGUUAGAUUUCCAGAACAUUUAAACGACUAAUGCACGUAAGGCACUACUCGACAUUUAAUAUUAUCUCAAUCUUUUAUUUAACGAUAUAUAAUAUAUUUUUAUUUCAAUAAAAACAACAAAAAAACAAACUUUUUUUAACGCUAAUACGUGUGCUUGAGUAUAUUUUCCAUUUUUUCGCCGACAUUGUGUUUUUACACACAUGCGAGUGUAUUUCGACAUACACGUAAAUUUUCUUUUCCAGGACGGCUGGAAAAGAACGAGGAAGUUUAUGAGGAGCCGAAAUUUUCAUUGUAUUUUUUCUUUUUUACUAUGUUGUACCUCGGUCCCAUAUAGUAAGGAAAGACGACCAGACGAUGCUAAUCCUAGCAAGCUAUCAGAAGAGUGUUUACCAAUGACAAACACGCUGGGUAUAAACUUCUGGCUGGCCACGUCUUAGGGUCAUCACUAACCCACUAGGGCGGGAGUGACCUGUAGCGCUAAAUAAAUCCCCAAAAUAAAUAGCUCUGUAAGUUUUCGACAUUGAGUGCCGACCAUAUGUUUUAGUGGACUCAUCUAGCUGAAGACGCUCAGUCAUGCAUCCGUACCAGAUCACGUGUGGUAACGCUGUGCUCAACAUCUACCGCAAUCUCUAGCCAGAUUAGAUCAGAGAAUUCCGAUAUAUUGGUAAUCGCCAAAUGCACUCUUCUGAUCUCCUCGAAUCUGUCUUUUGAUUUGUCUGGGUGGGAACGAAAUAUAUUAGGUGUUACUGGUAAAAUCGUUGUCAAACACUGAAUACCUGUGCCAUCUUGUACCUUACCAUCUGUUUACGUUCUGCUAAUAACGAAGCAAACCAUGAGUACAGUGGGUUGUUUAUUCCGAAGGACUUUAGUUUGACGAGUAUCCUUUUGUGUGAGACCUUAUCAAAGACUUUCUUAAAGUCUAAGAAUAGGACUGAUACAAGGAGUCCGCUGUCUCGUUUCAGAGUUAUAUCAUUUAGGUAGUCUAAUAUUGCAUGAUCUGUACCUAAGAAAUUCAUGCUGGAGGGUCGAGAUGAGAUUACUAGUUAGUAGAUGUUGGACUACAGCCGCCUUAUUUACUUUUUCCAUCACUCUGGAUAUCACUAAAGUUAGGUUUAUGGGCCGGUAAUUUUCAACGUUUGCUUCAGGUCCUGUUUUAAUUUGAGAAUGAUAUGUGUAGUUUUCCAGGCAGUAGGGUAACACGCUGUAGAUAGUGAUAUCGCGAAUAGUUUGAGAAGCAAAACACGCAUAUCAUCACCUCCAUGUUUUAGCAUGCUAGAUGGAAUACCAUCUGGUCCAUCAGUGUAGGAGGGUUUCAAUGUACUGAUUGCCUUGGAGAUAUUUUGUACAUUGAAUUCUACACUAGUAGUUUCACAAGGAGGUACUGGGAUAUGUUCGGAAUCAUUAAGUAGUUUUUCGUUAGUUAGUGAGAAACAAAAGUGUUCACUAAAUAAUUCUGUGACAAGUUUGGGAUCUUCGUACACUUGUUUGCCUUUAAUGAAUAUACUCCCUUUCGAUUUAGAGCGUUCAAGUUUAUUCUGGAGUAGUAUGGUGAGUGCAGAGGAGUUAUUAUCAAGUUCAACUGCACGUUUUUCCUGUGUGACUGCUUUUUGUUUACUUAUUGCCUCUGUUCGGACAAGUAUUUCUGUCAUCGUUACUAAAGAGGAAAAGUCAUUUAAGUUGUGGAAUCGAGUACAAUGUCUUUGAAGACGUCUUCUUGUACUGACCGGUAUAUAGAGAUCUUUGGGGGGCGUAGGUCUACAGUAUUCUAAAGGUGCGAUGUUGUUGAUGAUACUUUUGAUGUUGUGAUAAAAUAUAUUGGUUAAUGUGUCGGUAUUGUUUGAGGUGAAGAAAUUUCUCCAAUCAGUGCUUCUUAGGUAAUUGUGGAAGUUAUUCCAAUCAACCUUGCAAUAGUUUCUACGAAGUGUUACGGUUUUACUUCUACCGGUUGUGGUUUUUAUAUUAAGGCUGCAUAUGACAAUGUUAUGAUCACUACCUGGGAACUUUUUUCCAAUAUACAAAGUAUUGAGGAUGAGGCCACAGGUAAAGACUGAGUCCAAGAUGUUUUGAUGUCUAGUAGGGCUAUUGACAUACUGAGUCCACUGUCCAAGCUCUAGACAUUCAAUAAAUGAUUCAUAACGUCUCGGCGCUUUGACUGGGAGCCAAGAAAUUUCGGGCACGUUGAAGUCACCAGAAAUAAGCUUGCCUGUGAAUGGAAGGGAUGAUGCUAGUGUGAAUACCUCCGAUAAUACUGCUAUUUCAUCUAUUGAUGCGUUAGGUUGACGACAAACACAGUCGGGCAGUAAGGUAACGGAAUUCGACGGCUUUAAUACAAUCCACACCGAAUCCUUCAGUUUGUUUAGUUCAGGCAUAUCACAUAGUAGUGAGUUUAGGCUAGAGUGAGCGUGAAUAAGGCAUCCUCCGCCUCGUUCAUUCAACCUAUCACUUCUAUAUAGGAAAUGGCUAUCAAGAGAUAUACUUCGGUUGGAAAUAUUACUGUUUGUCCAUGCUUCAGAUAUCAUUAUAAGUGAUGGUUGAUAUAUGGAUACAAACAGGGCUAGAUCCGUCUUUUUGUUGCAGAUCGAUCGAGCGUUGAUAAUACAUCUAUUAAGCAAGUGGCCUACUAAGUUAAAAUGGGUGAGGGUAUUUCGGAUAAAGUCGUCGUAACCCUCGCGGGUGUGAGAUGAGUUUGAAGUGAGAGAUUGAAUGUUCUUCAUUAGCUCGGUAUUUUGAUAGCUAGACUUAGUGGGAGACGUAUCAGAUGAGCUAGUGGAGUUGAUUGGGGAGUUUACCCAGGAGGAAAGGGUGGGAGUACUCCCUGAUGGAAACUGUACGGAGGGAACAAGUUUAUGUUUUGCAUGUGGCUUGAAAUGACUUGGGCUAUAUGCUUCAACAAAGGUGUCACUAGGGGUCUUAUUCCAAAAAAAUCUUGUACAGGCCUACUGUGAAGUGUAUGGUUAUUUGCAAAAUAGUCUUGAUGGUUAGACUCGUAGCCCCUGUUAUGGCUAUUUACGUUAGCGUGGGAGGGGUCUGCUACGCGUAAGUGGGAGGAGUUGCGACUGUUAUUAUACAUGGGAGCCGUUUUUAUGUGAUGGGUUGGUACUAAAGGGUGUGAAAAGUUUUCUUUCUGAGAAUAAUUACAGUUGUGAUCCUGGGGAAUGUAGGUAGGGUGUGGAGUGAGAAACCUAUUAUUACCAUUCUUAUUAAUGGUUUUAGGCUUCAGGGGGUGACUUGGGUGGCCAGUUCUCUGACAGUUUCCGUUAGUCUGCGUGCAAGACGGCUUGGUACGCUGAAGCCCACCACCCAUUUUGCAACUUAGAGGUGUUGAAGGCAAGUUAUACGAUAGCAGCAGGAGAACCUGUUCACUGUUCUUGAGAUACCUAUAGAGCAGUUGGGUUCAAUCUUAUGUGUUUCCCUAUUCGGUAUCGUGAGUUUUGUCCCCCCACCCUUUAUUGUCAGAUCUGGAGUCUUUCGUUGUCUCUGUGAGAUGAAUUUAGGUUCAUUCAAGUCUACUUGUGAGGUAUCUUUAGGAGGACAAAUUUUCAAGUGUAUAGGCUUAGUUAGAUGUGUGUUGUCACACGACUCACAUUUUAGUACAUUACUGGGCGAACAGCUGGGAUUAGUCAUGUCGUUAUGGUUUUUGGUAUCUACGACUGUCAACCGAAACGUUGUACACUAAAAACUGACAAAAAUGGAUAAAACGGGUAGUACAAAAGAUAAGGAUAAACUGAAACUAGCAUUGAUGUGAAAAACUGAAAAACCGAAUAGUAAACUGAAGCAAAACCACAGUUAAUUAUUAGGUUGGGUAUGACUCAAAAAGAAAAGUAAUCUGCGGAACAUAAAGCUGAUGCAGAUUCUCUAGAGCCUAAGACACAGCAAAAUUUUGAGAAAUCCAAAUCACCUUCGAACUAAACUUCCCGUUCGUAAAACUCGCGAAGAAGUUAACUUUGACGAAUAAAUCUUUUUCUCUUGACAAUCUUAUUUAUCCUUUCCUGGUUUUCUUGCUGUCUAGAAACAUUACCUUUGAUUCUAAAUGGUGGAUUGUCUGAAGUCCCCUUUUCAGCGAGGAAUACACUACUUUAAACUUGUUUAUUCAUGUCACUUUUCGAUUUAUCGAAAUCGAUCUAAAAACUCGUCAUUGCAUUUUGGUUAUUCGAACUCUUCUGCUGAUACGUGAGCCACAAUGUUCUCACUUCCUUCUAAGUUGAGCCAUUUUACUCCCAAAGGCAUCCCAGCUCCUGUAUUCACUGCUUUAGCCUUAGCACUUGGUGAUAAUCCACGUGAUGCGUAAUGCGUAGAAGUCAGGUUACCUUUCACCUAUCUUUACUAGUUCAGUAUAAAUAACUCAGUUAUGAUUACCAACCUAUAAACCACAAGCCUUUUAGUCGUGUUAUGCUAUAGAGCACGAUUAACGAAUCCGUCCAAUAAAUAACUAAGGAAAUGAAAAUAAUUAAGUAUUCUUGUACAUACUUCCACAUCUUAGAGCACAGAACAAAGCCUGGUAGUUCUGUUCUAGGUAUGAUAGCAAGUUUCAAGUGAGCGACCCUAGACUUAUUUGGCAGAAAUGUUCAGUUGAUUUGGCCAUAAAACACUUUCUUAACGGAUAUAUGUGACGACACCAUAUGCAGGCUUGAAAGCAUCAGUGGAACUAUGAAUACUGGCAGGUAAUGACACAAACUUUGGUUUUAAUCUUUCAGCUUUUUAUAUGCCCACACAAACAACUCCAUUCUGCUUGGCAAUCCAUGAGUAUCUCUAAGUCCCAGUCUAGCUUUUCAUUAUUGGGUAGCUCAUGUUUGUGCUUCCAUUACAAGGAUAUAUGAAAAUGCCCAUCAUACAUUUGUACUGACUUUGAUACAGCAUUGAGUGCCGUAGGAUAUCAAUAUGAUACGACUUAGUGGGUCUUUCCCGAGCUUCCGAUUUUGGGGAAAAUUCCGAAGCCAAAUGACCUUCACCAAUGUUUGGGGAAAUCCCCAAAGCCGAAUGACCUUGACCAAGGUUAAAGGGGAACUUUGGGGAUUUCCCCAGGUCUGUGGAAAUUUUGGGGUUUUUGUGCUAUUUCCCCAAAAUUUACUAUAGCGGCUUCCCCAAAAUCGGGAGAUGAAGUUGAAAUCAGUUGCGUUUUGUCGUUCAACAUUACCCUCCAAUUCCUCCUUAGCUGAGAGGGUCCAAACAGCAUCCGACCCAAUAGAGCUCUUACAUCGUACGGCUCAUUCACCUUUCCAGUCCUCAUAUCUUUUGUCU